AUGGACAAUGCACUCUACCAUACGGUGCAAAUAAAUAAAGUACCGUCAAUACAUGCUAGGAAGGCAGAAAUGAUCGCUUGGCUAGAAGAAAAUAAUCUUCAAUAUUCAGAAGCCAUGAGGAAAUAUGAGCUACAGGAAAUAAAAGAAGCAAAUAAAAGUAUGGAAAAAGUGUACAAGGUCGACACAAUAAUGAAGUCAGAAGGACAUAUAAUACUGCGAUCGCCUCCAUAUAUGUGCGAACUAAAUCCAAUUGAGUUGGCAUGGGCUCAAAUAAAGAGGAAAGUUAGAGAAAGAAACACUGGAACGUUAACGUUUACUGAAUUAUUAAGAUUGACGAAGGAAGCUAUAGAUGGAACAACGGUAAAUGAUUGGAAUAAAUUUUGCGACCACAUCGAAAAGUUGGAAAGGCAGUACUACGACCAGGACUUUUUAUUGGAAACUGCGAUGGACAAUCUGAAUAUCAAUAUUGAAGAUACGUUUUCCGAGGAUAACGAAGCAGUAAGUGAAGAUUCUGUAUAA